AGGAUCGAUCGCCAGAGGGAGCUGGAGGUGGAGGUCUCUGAGCGCCGCAGCCGCCAGACACGGGACAGGGGGGAGAGAGGGGUCAUCAUUGACCAGAGAGAGACCCGGGAGCUGGAAGAGGAUGGAAGGAGAGAACGUGAGUCAGUGAGGUACGAAAGGACAAGAGACACCAGAGCAGCAGCAGCAGCAGAAGCUGAUGUGAAAAUCCACAGAGAGAUUCGUGAACUGGAGCCACGGGAGGAGCUCAGAAGGAGAGAACGUGACAGAGAAGUGGAAGAGAGGAGGGUUUGCAGGAGAAGAGACAGAGAAGAGCCCAUUCUGGAGAGGAGGAUCGAUCACCAGAGGGAGCUGGAGCUGGAGGUCUCUGAGCGCCGCAGCCGCCAGACACGGGACAGAGAGGAAAGAGGGGUCACCAUCGACCAGAGAGAGACACGGGAGCUGGAAGAGGAUGGAAGGAGAGAACGUGAGUCAGUGAGGUACGAAAGGACAAGAGACACCAGAGCAGCAGCAGCAGAAGCUGAUGUGAAAAUCCACAGAGAGAUCCGUGAACUGGAGCCACGGGAGGAGCUCAGAAGGAGGGAACGUCCCCGUGAAGAGGAAGAGAGGAGGGUUUGCAGGAGAAGAGACAGAGAAGAGCCUGUGCUGGAGAGGAGGAUCGAUCAACAACAGGAGCUGGAGGUGGAGGUCUCUGAGCGCCGCAGCCGCCAGACACGGGACAGGGAGGAGAGAGGGGUCACCAUCGACCGGAGAGAGACCCGCAAUGAAACCACACUCGAGGUCCUCGAAGAAGAACAGGAGGUGGAUGAAGGACGAAGCCUCUUCCAAACCGUGGAGGUGGACAACAGGGACCUCUUCCCCCCGGGAGAGGAAGGGCCCGUGAGCGACCUGAGGGUUCGCUACGUCCCCGCUGACCCCGCGGAGCGCCCGGAGGUGCGAGUGGUGCCCCAGCCCUGCGACCCCCAAACCAUCGCCUACCUGGUCCACGUGAUCCAGAACGGGAGAGACCCCAGCGCUGCCACCUACGAGAUCGUCUGCCAGCAGCCCGGCGAGCCGGGCCGGCCCCUCUGCGUCAGGAAGUGCUUCGUGUCCGCCAAGCCACCGACCGUGCCCUGCGACAGGAGCCACCGCCCCGAGCCACCACCCCGGGGGGACCAGAGGGAACCUGGGGAGCUCCAAGUGCCGCCUUCCAGCUGCCAGGAAAACACAAGGGAGCUCGGUGGGGAGAGAGCCGGAGCGGGGGGGAAGGAAGGAGCUCCCCAGGCUGCUGCCCCCCAGCCCGAGGCUGUUAAAGGCGACCCUUGCAGGGCGAAGACCAAGGAGGUCCCCGACACGGAAAAGAAUCAGCCCCAGGGAGAUGGAUCGAGAGCCACCAGGGAGAAGGUCCCCCAGGAGCCAGGAUCCAGCUGCCAGGUGAGGGAGCACGAGGACAGGAAGGCCAAGAGUUGCCCACCUCUGCUCCAGGCUCCCGACGCCGACGGGAGCCGUCCCCGCGCGCCCCGGAGAGAAGGAACCGGCCGCGCCCGCCAGGACGUGGAGCUUCUCCCCCCGGAAAAGAGCUGCCAGGAGGAGACCUGCAAGAGGAGCCCCCGGCAAGGGGGGGAUGCCCAACUGGCACGGGAGGAGGAGCCGCGUCCUGGCACCAAGCAGAGCCAGGGGACCCCCGGGCUGCCGAGCUCCCGGGAGGAACCGGGCGGUCCCGCGGGGGAUGGAGCCAAAGCAUCUUAGGGGGGGAAGCUGGUGGGGCUUCCCCGGGUCUUUUUGAGGAUCGUCUGUGCCCUGUUUUGGUUCAGGAUGUGAUCGGCUCAGAAGGGUUCAUGAGGUGCCUCGAGAGGGUGUCAAGUGGGUUUGGGGGGUUUUCCAUGUAACAAAUCCUCGAGUUACCUCCGGAUCUGCUUCCCUGCGUGAUGCUUCUCCACCAAAAUACAGCAUUUAGUCACUUUUUCUGCUCUAAUUGGAGUCCUUGGGUCUCUCUGUCCUUGGGUCUCUCUGUCCUCUCUUCCACCCUGUGGUGGGACCACUCUGCACCUCCCUCUGCUCACGUCUCCCCAUGGCUGGUUCUCACCAGCUUCUGCUCUGCAACGCCAAAAAAAUCCCAGUAGCUCAACCAUCCUCAUUCUGGGGCCUGGAAGUCCUCAAAGCCGGGAAAAAUCCCACUUUUGUGGACUAUUACACCAAAUCCAGCCGAGCAGAAUCCCAGUUCCAGCCUCGGGGAGGGUUUGGAGCAGCCGAGUGAUGUCGAGGUCAC